AUGGACUCCACAAUGAAGGACGGCCCACUCGAAGGCGAUGAUGCUCGGUUGGCAGCUAUGGGCCAUCGGCCUGAGCUUCAACGUAGCCAUUCCACUUGGUCUAUGCUGGGGUUGGCCUUUGCAGUUCUUAACUCAUGGACCGCUCUUUCGGCCAGUUUGUCAAUCAGUCUCACAUCUGGUGGAAGCACCAGUGUAAUAUGGGGGCUGGUGGACAGUAUCAUUGGGUUGCAGCUAAGUUAUGUUCCCCAACGCUGGCAUCAAUUCCUGAUCUAUAUUGGAUUGACUUUAGGAUCAUUCAUCAUCAAUGCAUUUAUGAACUCCAUAUUACCGGUCAUUUACCGCGGUGCUUUCAUGUGGUCCAUUGGAGGCUUUGUGGUUGUGUCGAUUGCUGUUCUUGCAUGCGCCUCUCCUAACUAUAAUUCAGCCUAUUUCGUGUUCUGUGACUUUAUCAAUACAACAGGAUGGCCCGAUGGAGUCGCAUGGCUUCUAGGACUGCUUCAAGGAGGCCUUGGAGUAACGGCCUUUGAUGCGGUAGCACACAUGAUCGAAGAGGUACCAAAUGCUGAUAUCGAAGGACCGAAAAUUAUGGUUUCUUGUGUGGGCAUUGGAACUGUUACAGGCUCCAUAUUUUUGAUAGUCCUUCUAUUUGUCGCAGGGAACAUGGAACAGGUCACAACAUCUGCGGCCGGUCCUCUCUUGCAAAUUCUCAUCGACGCUACUAAAAGUAACGCGGGAGCCAUCUGUCUUUUGAUGCUGCCUCUUGUCUGCUUGGUCUUCGCAAUUAUCAGUGUUAUGACAACCAGCAGCCGAAUGAUCUUUGCUUUCGCCAGAGACGGUGGUCUUCCUGCCUCUCGAUUCUUUGCGACUGUCCACCCGACCCUCAAAUUACCACUCAAUGCGUUGAUCCUGAGCGUCAUCGUGGUUAUCGCGUUUGGGUGCAUCUUCUUGGGCUCAUCGAGUGCCUUCAACGCUAUCAUUUCUGCUUCAGUUGUCGCACUUGACAUAUCCUAUGGGAUACCAAUUGCCAUUAAUUGUCUCCAGGGGCGCAGAUCGCUUCCCGAAAGAAAAUGGAAAUUGCCCAACGCCGUCGGGUGGUUUGCUGACUUGGUUGGAUUAACCUACAUCAUCUUGACCACCGUCUUGUUUGUUUUUCCUCCUUCGAGAACCGUUACAGGGAGUAGCAUGAAUUAUUGUAUUGCCGCAUUUGCAGUAAUUGUCAUUAUAUCCGUGUUUCAGUGGAUGGUAGAUGGGAGGAAGAAUUUCGCGGGGCCGCGUAUCGAUAUGAAUAUCGAUGCACUGGAUAGUGUAUCUAUGAGGGAAGAGACUGAGCCCAACAUCCAUGAGAAAGGACGUAUCGGGCCAGUAUAA